CACAGUCCCAAUUCUCCAUAUUUGUCCCAACCCACCUUCAUUCCCCAACAAUGAUAUAGAGGAAGUUCUAUUUUUCGAGCUCAACUUCAACUCAAAGCAUACCUCAUAAACGUCGCAAUACACCACACGCUUAAAAAAAAAAAAAAUAUUCUCCAGCUCCGCGUGCCCAUCAUGGCCGCGGCCGCUCGAGAUGCGCCGAAGCCCAAAAUCGACCGACAAUCGACCACCCCCUUCCACCUCAAGCUCUUCUACCGAUUAAACUCCUUCCAUCUCCUCUCUGACUUCGCAGCGCCAUCUUCUUCAGCGGCGCCGUACAGCGGCCCCGUGAGCGGGCCAAAUGCCAUUCGCCCUGGCUCCCCUCCCCCACCACCCUCUUCUCUCCCUACACAUCUUCAAAUCUACACCUGGCAAUCAUGCACGUUACGCGAGCUCUCGCAGCUCCUCACCUCCGCACUGCCAUCGUUUCUACCGGAUCCACCCAUCGGAACCCGACUAUGCUUCCGUCUCAUCUACCCCGACACGAAAGGGGCCGCGAUGAUGGGGCCCGACGCGCGAGGCCGGUAUCUUAGCAAGGACCUGGGAAGCGUUGUGAUCGGAGCCAGAGAAAGCAAGGAAGAUGAAUCAAGAAAUGGCGGUACAGCGCGCACAGGUCCGUUCCGACUGCAGGGGAAUGAGGCGGACAAAACGCUGCAGGAGGCGCGGUUCGUGAUUGGAGAUUAUGUGGACUGCGCAAUUCUACCGCCGCUGGAGGACGGAUCGGUCGCGCCACCAUUAAGUGGCGGUAGGGGUGCCGGGAGCUCAACUAUCGGCGGUGGCAUGCGCGCAUUCCGUGAUAAUGGGUUUGGCGGUGGGAGUGGUGGUCGGCCUGGUGGACGUGGAGGGAGAGGAGGAGGAGGAGGAGGUGAUCGAGGGAUUCCUCCCGGUGACUGGAGACGAGGCGAACGGGUACCGGAAGGUGGACGGGGAUAUGGCGGACCCUCUGGGAGGAGAGGAUGGGCACCUUAUUAGUCUCUGUUCUCCUGUUCUUGUCCCUGAUUGUUUCUCCCAGGAUUAUGUACUACUAGCAACAAGGAGUUCCGGACCAAGAAGGGAUGUCCGG